ACAAGAAAAUAUUUAUUUCUACAUAAAUAUUUUAUUUAUAUCUAUCGAUUCAAUUAAACUUGCAUCAAAAAAUUUUCAUUAAACCAUUAAAAAAAGUGAUAAUGAUAAUUUUACGUACGUGGUUUUGUGGUAUACAGACGCUACCGCGGUGGAAUUAACAAAUAUUCUUUGGAUACAUGCAGUUUUACGUUGAUUUGUUUUUAUGUAGCUAAAGUACAAGAUUCGUUUAAAAGGAAAAUGUCUACGGUAAUUUUUAUAUACUCUAGACGUAGUUCGAGAUGCGCAUUGAAGUCUUGAAAGGUUUUAUUUUUUGUUUUUACCUUCUAUAAAAGUAUAAACUCGCUUGAGCAAAUAUCAGUUUGCAAUUACCACGAAACGUACAAUGAAAACGCAAAUUUUUGUUUUCUUUUCUUCGCUAGUAGUAGUAUUAUCCGCCUCUAUUCCGCUCGAUGAUAAUUCUUCUUUAUCUUCGGUAAAAGUUAAUCAAAAUGGCAACGAAUAUUCUUAUACAAUAAAAGAUGGUAAAGCACUUGGUCUCGAGCCACUGCCUAUCAUCCCAAUAAUAGAAUCUGUUGAUUUAAACGGCAAACCUGGACAGCCAAUACUUGUAACCGCGCUUAAAAAGGAAGAUAUCCAAGAAAAAAACGAAAUAAUUCAAGAUAAAGAAAAUAUGAAAUUGAUGGAACCAGAUCAGUCCAAAGUGGAUGAGGAGAAAUUGAAAUCGAAUAAAAUCACCGAUGAUUUGAAAGAAUUGAAUUUGAAACAUGAAAACAAAUACGAAAUAAUUUCUGGUUACAGAUUAAUCCCAGCGAAUAAUAUUUUAUUGGAAUAUCCUUUUUAUCAUCCUUACUUCCAGGACUACGCUUAUCAUUAUCCACAUUUGAGAUUAUUUUGAAGAAGAAAAUAUAUACAGGGCUUUCUAAAAAAAAAAAAAUUUCGUACAAGGGAAUAUAAUAAUAAUUACGGAUGGUAAAGGGGUAUAAAAACUACAUCACGGGAAGUUAUUUUUGAUAAAUUUUAAUAUUUCAACACGUUCACUGUCUUGGUAGCCACCACGAUCUCCUGAUUUUAUACAAUUCGAUUUUUUCGUGGUUUCUGAAGGGGUUUGAAAUUUUUGAGGUUAUCCUAUCUCUAAAAACCCUCGUAGUGUAUGAAAUUAUUUUGAAUUACAGUUUUCGUAUUCCUCAAGGUACGAUUUUUGUAACUUUGAUUUCGUCUCGAUAGUUUUGGGAAACCCUGUAUGUAUUAAAUAAAAUUUUGAACUACUGCUAUUUCCGGGUGAAUUUUAAAAUGUAUAUUUAAAGUGAAUUUAAUUACUUUUUGAUUAUUUCACUCGAUUGUGGUAGUGGGUGAAAUUUUGAAACGUUUUU